AACCUUUAUGGUUCAAACCCCUCCUCUCGUACCAGCCAGUCAUCAUCCGACCGGGAUUCGAUGGGUUCUUGCUUCAGCAGAUGCAGACCCCAAAGGCAUCGUUCCUUCCCCCAGGAACCGCUGGAUCCAUGCAGCAGCAGCAGCAGCAGCCUCGUUCAAGACAAGCUCGUCAUCUCCCAACAGCCACCGCCCAAGACACCUCCUCUCGCUCGCUGCUGCUCCGAUCGAAUCUCGCCCUCCUCCCCUCAUUCGCCUUCCAAAUCCUCCUGCUCUUCCUCCGCCACUUGUUCUUCCUCCUUCGCCGGUGGCGCCAGACCCGGCGGCGCCUCGUGCUCGUCUUCGUCGACGUCGUCGUCGACCGCCUCCUCCACCUUGAGCUCGAAGGAUCGGUCCUUCUCCAACGACUUCCUGUGGUCUUGCGCCAAGGAGAAUCCUCACAUACUCCAGAUCAACUCGCUCAAGGUGAAAAACUCCCUAUCUUCGCUGGCGGACAAGUUCCCCGACGUAGAGCUAGGGUCGCCGGGCAAGCCGAGACCCGCAGCACCGGUGGUGAGGCACGGAAUUCCCGUGAACGCGGCUCAAAAGAGAACUCGAGCGAGCUCACUGAAUUUGACCCGGCAAAAGAGCUUCAGGGCCGAUCAAUCCGACGGAUCGUUGCCAAGCUGCACGCAUUCUUUGCCUAGGAGGGCCUUGAGGUCUCCAUCACCAAGCAGGAGAUUCGACGGAGGAGACAAAUGCCGGGGCAUCUUAGUGAAUCCGGCGAGCGACGAUUGCAGCAGCAGCAAGCGUCUGGUGGCGACUCCUAAGGUCAGCGCUCCUAGCAAUUACGCGGGCACGAACUUAAGUAGAGAGAAUGGGGUUAGGCCUCCGAGCCCAAAUAGCAACCCGAAUCGCCCGAUCCGACCCAGCUUGGUGCAUUCGGAGACCCUCCUUUCUCGUAAAAUCGGUCCCAAAGUCGGCGAAAGAGUCUUGGCCGACCACGACAUGAUCGACUCCGUCGAGGACCUUAACAAUCCACUCAUCUCGUUGGACUGUUUCAUCUUUCUUUAAUCGUGCUCAAUUUUUUUGUUUCUUUUUCCC